CUGGACUACAAAAUGCAAUGUGGGCGUCGAAAAGUAGCACUAGUUCUUUCCGAUCCACAAAAUAAGCAUUUCAUCUCCGUGAAGAUCAUCGCGUUUGCGACAUAAGCGGCGCUUUUCCACUAGCAAUCGAGCCUCUAAGUCUAAUCGACACAACGUAUGAAGAAAAAGAUUUAGCAUUUCGAAGAACUAGUUGUACCGACGGAGGAGGUGGCCUUGUUCUUCUCCCCCUGUAAGCCGGUUCUUUCGUGGACGUCUGAUGUUCGUCUUCAGUUUCAGUUGUUGCGCAAUUUCGCUACUUCUAAUAAUGAUGAAAGAAAGUCGUGCGCACUUGUGGACAGGAUGAAGAAAGUCCUCGUGUGGAGUUAUUUUGCUUCUCUAAAUAUCGUUUUUUUUUUUUUAACCGCCGCCUUUUAAUAUUUUCCGCUCUGUGUGCUGUCCUCAGACACAAUUCGCUUCGACCUGAUGGUGUUACUUGGGAAGGCUUUGUGCCGUUUUUUGCUUUGCUCUAGGCGGGGGAAGCCGAGCGCCGUCGUGCCGGGCCCUUCUUUGAGCGUGUACGACUUCUCGGCGAAACCUUUGGGAAGCGAGGAGGAAAAGUCUCUGGCGGACUAUCGUGGCAGAGUUCUGCUCAUCGUGAAUGUUGCGUCCAUCUGAGAUGUGACUGACCGCGACUACGCGGAGCUGAAUACGUUGCACGACAAGCACGCUGAGCUUGGGCUGUCGAUCCUGGGAUUUCCCUGUAACCAGUUCGGGAACCAGGAGCCCGGGGAUGACGGACAAAUCAAACAGUUUGUGCAGGGAAAAAACGUACAGUGGGACAUGUUUUCGAAAGUGGAUGUGAACGGUCCGCGGGCGUUGCCACUGUUCGACUUCUUGAAGGCGGACCGAGCUGCUCCCGGCGACGCCGCGGCGAAUCCAAUCAAGUGGAACUUUACCAAGUUUCUGGUUGGUCGCGACGGGCUGCCCAUCGAACGUUUUGCCACCGAGGUCAGCCCCUUACAAGUAGAGCAGCACAUCGUCGCGGCGUUGCAGCAGCAACAGCCGCACACGGCACCUACGGCCGAAGUAGGAGCAGACACGGACGUAGACGUUACGUCUCCCCGUUUCAGUAUCAUUCACCCGACGUCCCCUGGAUAGGGCUUGUGUGCUAUCUUCUUCUGUCGUGUGCUAGCAUUAUGCCGAAGUGCAAGUCGCGAUCGUUUUUUCGUAGUGAAGUGACUACGCAUCGUCCGCAUGGUGGUGGAUUUUCUCCGGAUUUGAAACCCUUACGAGUAGUUGCUGAUUUGUUUGAAAUUAUGUCUAUGUCUUGGCGCGGCGCAAAAACAGGGGAGCUGGAUGUGGUGGCACAAAGUAGAUUUGCUCUGUAGUAUGUUCAUGCUGGUGGUGCAGCUCAUAGGACGCUUUGUUAUCCAUCUGUCAAAAGAAUGCGAC